AUGAUGAAAAAUGGGAAAAGGUUGCAAAACAAGGCAAUGGAAAAUGACACUGCAGUAGAUAGAUUUCUUUUACUGGGCUUGUCUAAUGUUCCAGGUCUUCAACUAGUUCUCUUUGUGGUAUUCUUGUGUAUUUACAUUGCCACCAUCCUAGGCAAUGUCACCAUUAUUGUUAUCAUCAAUGUGGAUGUUGCUCUCCACAUUCCUAUGUACUUCUUCCUUGAGAACCUAUCCUUCCUGGAGAUUUGCUACACUUCAGUCACGAUCCCCAGGUUGCUUCAGAACACUCUUGCCCUGGACAAAACUAUUUCCUUCAGUGCAUGUGCCACUCAGAUGUAUUUCUUCCUCUUCUUUGGUGUCACUGAGUGUUGUCUUCUGGCUGUCAUGGCAUAUGAUCGCUAUGUGGCUAUAUGCAACCCACUGAGAUACACAGCUAUCAUGAGAAAGAAAGUCUGUGUCCAGAUUGCUGCCUUGUCCUGGAUUUGUGGUUGUCUGGUGGCUUUGGGUCAUACCACCUUCAUUUUUAGCAUGUCCUUCUGUGAUUCUAAUGUUAUCAACCAUUUCUUCUGUGAAAUUCAGCCAGUGCUAAAGCUAGUGUGUGGGGACACGUACUGGAAUGAAAUUCAAAUUAUUGUUGCUGCUGCAUUUGUGGUUUUGAUACCUUUCAUGCUGAUUCUCAUGUCCUAUUGCCAUAUCAUUUCUGCCAUUUUACAGAUGAAAUCAGCCAAGAGCCGUCAGAAGGCUUUUUCCACCUGCUCCUCACACCUUGUUGUUGUUUCUUUAUUUUAUGGAACAGCCAUUUUUAUGUACAUUCGUCCCAAAUCCAGCCACUCUCUGAAUGUGGACAAACUUCUCUCUCUCUUCUACACAGUUAUAACACCGAUAUUGAAUCCCAUCAUCUACAGUCUGAGGAACACAGAGGUAAAAGGAGCUCUGAGAAAGACAGCGUUGAAGCUAAUUCCAUCAAAAUGA